AUGCCUCCGAGAAUCGAAGCCAAGGAGGUUGAGACAUACUGGAACAUCUUUUCCGACAGGACGGGUGGCGGCCAAUUCCUCAGCGGCGAACAAGCGGCCCCCGUGCUGAAGAACAGCGGUCUGCGAGACGACCAGCUGGAGCGCGUGUGGGAUUUGGCCGACGUGGACAACGAUGGCAAUCUCGAUUUCGAGGAGUUCUGCGUGGCCAUGCGAGUCAUCUUUGACAUUUUGAACGGGGAGUACGCCGACGUGCCCAAGACACUGCCGGACUGGCUGGUGCCCGAGUCAAAGGCCCAUUUGGUCCAGGCGACUCGCGCCAUUGCCGGCAAGCAGCCUCAGUUCGAACGAGUCGAGGACGAUUCGGAUGAUUUGGGUCUCAAGGAUGGGUUUGACUGGUACAUGAAGCCCCAAGACAAGAGCAAGUACGAGCAGAUUUACCAGGAGAACCGGGACAUGCGCGGCGAGGUAUCAUUCACUGCUUUAGAGGAGCUCUACGAAUCACUCGACGUCCCCGACACGGAUGUUCGCUCCGCCUGGAAUCUUGUGAAUCCGUCGGCCGGCUCAACCAUCAACAAGGACGCCUGUCUUGCGUUGCUCCACAUUCUCAACUACCGUCACCAAGGCUUCCGCAUCCCCCGCUCCAUACCCGCGUCCCUGCGAUCAAGCUUCGAGCGCAACCAGAUAGACUAUCAGGUCGACAACCAACGGACAGGCGCCGCGUCAAGGUGGGCCGCCAAAGCCGACGAUUCCACAAGCACCGGGCGCAAGACCAAGUUUGGCGAGCAGUACCUCACCCGCCUAGGCAGGAGCGGGUUCAAGACUGGCGGCACCGACUUUGCUACCGAAAAAACAGAAGACUGGGAGGAGGUGCGGCUGACUCGGCAGCUGGCCGACCUGGACGCCAGGAUCCAAAGGGUCGAGGAACUGGCCGAGCAGCGAAAGGGGGGCAAGCGAGAUUCCAAGCCUGCCCUCGUGAAGCGAGAGCUGACCCAGCUGCUCGACUACAAGCGCAAGGAGCUGAGAGACCUGGAGGAAGGCAGGGGAAAGAGCGCUGCCGGGUCAAGCCUGAAGAGCGUGUCGGAGGAUCUACAAACGGUGCGGGAGCAGGUGCAAGGCCUCGAGUCGCAUCUGAGCUCGAGGCAAGCGGUUCUGGAUGAUUUGCGGAGGCAAAUUGACGCUGAGAAGGUAUAA